GUAUUCUGUAUUGAUAUCUAGGCUACAACCCAGCAUUUUAAUUAAAGUUAAUUACAAGGAUCAAAAAGGAUCAGAGCUACUGUCAGAGAAGGAUGCCUGUUUCGUACGUCAUACCGCCUGAAUAGCAUUCCAAACUAUUGUAUUUGGAGUCUAUUAUUUGAGCAAUCUAUUGUAGGCUAGUAGGCAAACUGAAUGGGCACUGGUGGUCUGAAAUUUAGGCUGCGUGCACGCCAGCUGCUGGUUAAACUCUGCAGCGUUACUAGGUCACGUCUUCCUCGCGCUCCGUCGUCGUAGGCGAGGCAAAACAAAGCCUCGACUCACCACACUUAGUAAAGAUGAAUCAGAACAUUCUGUGACAGGCACAUCACCGAUUUAUCCUUCAUUUCACACUAUCGUUCCGUAGUUAACCCGCUACGCACUAAACGCCUCCAUUGUCUCAUUGUGGCAACACGCACAACUAGGGAGCGAGCGCGCGGUUAUGAGCGUGCAGGGGAGCGGCAUGCGCUGACCCGAAUCUUCGGGCGCACGAAAGCGACAGACGCGGACAGACGGCAGUUGACACACAGACUGCCUGACAGACAUCAACAGAUGAUAUGGCGGAGCAUAUCAGCGCCGUUUAACGUUGCCAACAUCGCUCCAGUCCUGACGGAGGACGCUGCAGAUCACAGGCUGUGGGAACAGUGCCGCCGCGCAGUGUUUCUAUCCACCUGCCGUGAUUUGGUGCAGGUUGUCUGUCAUCCGCUGUGGGAAAGGACGUGUCACGCUUGAUUAAGGAGAAGUUGUGUUCUGGGAUUUGACAUCUUCUGUUAAUCUCACCGUAACUCUUUUUGGAUAAAGUGUAUCGACAAAAUUCUGUCUCUCAUGUUCCGGCCAGGAGAAAGGGCUGUUGCGUCUCACAGACACAGCUGGCGUAGUCAGACUUGACAGCCCUUGUUUUUUUGAGCGGUUGUUUUGUCGACGGCAGACAUCGCAGACUAUUGUUUUGAGGGCUAGUUCUGCUCCAGCUUUCGGUUAACAGCGGCGCCCCGUUUUAGCGAACCCCCACCCAUUCUUGCGGGUACCUUGGAUGGGGGGCAAGCAGAGCACGGCGGGGCGUCCCCGGGGAGCUUUUCCCGGUGUCUCCACAGAUGACAGCGCAGUACCACCCUCGGCCCACUUUGGCCACUACCGACCAGGCGGCCCAAUGGGGCUGCGGAGCCGGUCAGUGAGCUCCGUGGCGGGGAUGGGCAUAGAUCACAGUGCUGCGGUACCCUUCGGCUUCUAUAACCCAAGAGGAACAGACUCAGACAGGGCCGGUGGCGGGUCUGGCUCUGAUGCAGCCCCCGGUAAUGGAUUUCAGGAGACAGGAAGGGGACAUCAUACGGACGGUAUGCUUUAUCUGGGAUCCAGAGGAUCGUUGGCAGACACCUUGCCCUUGCACAUCGCACCCCGGUGGUUUAGCGCCCACAGCGGGUUCAAGUGUCCCAUCUGCUCCAAGUCUGUGGCCUCCAACGAGAUGGAGGUGCACUUCCUCAUGUGUCUGAGCAAGCCCCGCCUCUCCUACAAUGAUGACGUGCUGGCACGUGAUUCUGGAGAGUGUGUGAUCUGUCUGGAGGAGUUGCAGCAGGGAGAUACCAUUGCUAGACUUCCCUGCCUCUGCAUCUACCAUAAAAGCUGUAUAGACUCCUGGUUUGAAAUCAACCGGUCCUGUCCAGAGCAUCCAUCUGACUGACUGACUUGCCGUCUAGUCGAGCUGCUGCAGGUUAAGGUUGCCUCCUGAACACCCCCCACCCCCCGGAUAUCCCCGGACACUGAACUGAGAACCAAAUGACAACAAAAGAUGACGAAAGAAGAGAAGAGAAGAAAACAAUCACUCUAUCCACUGACAGAUCAGCCUUCUUCCAAAGGAUUCAUUGCAAAAUACACCACAUGAUAAUAAUAAUAAUAAUGAUGAUGAUAAUAAUAAUGAUAAUUAUAAUAAUAAUAAUAAUAAUAAUAAUAAUAAUAAUAAUUAGAGUAAAUACUAUCAACUGCAUUGUCAGCCCCAAAAAUCCCUUGUUGCCCCACCCACAGAUACAACGCAUUGGGCAUCACUUUGCCCCAUUCCCCACCACAAGCAGUGUGUGUGUGUGUGUGUGUGUGUGUGUAUUGGCUGGGGUUUGUUGCUGUCUGAGAUGUUUUGAUGUCAGCUCCUACAUGUUUUAGGGGCAGUAAACAUCUCAGUAUAGACUCACCAUGUGUGUGUGUGUGUGUGGCUGAGUGGUAGUGGGAGUUGCCCUAUGAGCGUGUAGCUCCAGACUUUAGGGAUAAAUCAUAGAACAUGUCUAAAUGUUUACGGUCCGCAUGCCUCAUGUGUGACUGAUUGGUGUUUGUGUGUGGGACAGUUAUGUGUGUGUGCGUGUGUGUGUGCUUCAGUUGUGUAACUGUGAUGUAGAUAUGGGUGUGUAUUCCUGCUGUGUAACUGAGGUGUGUGUGUGUGUGUUUCUCCUCAUGGUUGAAUACUUCUUUCACCUACUAGGAGUUCUGAGACUUGCGAGACACUGGCCAUCAUAUUUUCUCUCUGUAAAGGCCUACAGUGCGAUGUGUGCUGUGUAUGUGUGUGUGUGUGUGCGUGUGUGUGUGUGUAUGUGAGUGUGUGUGACAGACAGAAAUACCUGCAAGGAAUUGUUUGUGUGGGGUUAUAAUGAGUGGAUGGAAAAACUGAUGAGGUGAUGUUACUGUGACAGUAACACUGAGAGACAAGCAGCUCUUUCUCUGGACUCGAUGAAUCUCAACCGUGUGCUGUUGUCUGCAGAAAUACUGGUGUAACAAAAAACACACACAAACACAGACAUACACACACACACACACACAUACAGAGACACAGCCAUAGUCAGAAGAGGUUCUUGUGCAGGAGAUGAGAAUGAAAGGCUCCUCUGUCUUUUGGUGGAAAAACCUGGACAAUCCCCCAUAAACACACACACACACACACACACACAUACACAUACACACACAGACGCACACAAACAUUUGCUCAAAUAAAAGACUGAGAAUAAAAAAAGAAUAUGUGUGAGGACCUGGUGAGUGGGUGGAGUUUAAAGUCUCCACACCCUCCUCCCAUGCUCCUCCCCUUCUAUCUGUCAUGUUUGUAUGUUACUUUGUUUUAUUUUUUAUUUAUGUUUGUUUUUUUUUUCUUCCAAGGCUGUGAUUGGACGCUUGUGUUAGGGAGUAAAUGUACCCGUGAGAUCUCCAUGUACAGUCUGUGGAAGGAGUCCUAAAUGAAAAUGACAGACACAGUAAUAAUAAAAAAAAAAGACUGAAGAACAA